ACCGCUGGGUGAGGAUCAUGUGUAGUCCACGCGCCGAAACUAGGUUAGUGCGAGCCGCAGAGCAAGACAGAGCGGAGAGACGGAGAGCCGCUGCUUUAUUGUUUUAUAGACGUUUUAUCACAACAACACUUCUGAGACUGCGCGGAGCUGACAGAAAGUAAAUAACUGAAACGCAACGUUGCUUUUAUAUGUUUUUAAGGUCGGCGCGUACGAAGAACAGGUAGAAAAUCCAUAUGAGGAUUUGCUGUUGUGACAGCUUUCAGCUGCUCCGGUUUGGAGCAAAUAAGUGCGCGUCGCUCUCAGUGUUUCUUGGCUUCAUUUUCACUUGGAGUUGAAUGACUUGAAGAGUUGGCUGGACUUCACCGCCGAUAUGAGAGCUCAAAUAGAGGUGAUUCCCUGUAAAAUCUGUGGGGACAAAUCAUCAGGGAUCCACUAUGGUGUCAUCACCUGUGAAGGCUGCAAGGGUUUCUUUCGACGCAGCCAGCAGAACAAUGCUAUGUACUCCUGCUCACGACAGAGGAACUGUCUUAUUGACCGGACCAACCGUAACCGCUGUCAGCACUGCAGGUUGCAGAAGUGUCUCGCUCUGGGCAUGAGCCGUGAUGCGGUUAAGUUUGGUCGAAUGUCCAAAAAGCAGCGAGACAGCCUGUAUGCAGAGGUCCAGAAGCACCAGCAGUCUCAGGAGUGUGCGGGCCUUGGUGCCCGCGAGGAGAAUAGUGACAUGGCCGACCAUGGCCGCACCUACAGAAGAGGCUCCAGUGCCGCGCUCAGCGAUCUGGACGACAUUACCACGCUGCCUGAAAGCCUGCUUUUCAACCUGCCGCUUACCCCAGAGGAUGUAGGUGGAGACUACUGUAACCUGGACAUGCUGGGCGGCAGUGCAGGCAGCAGCUCAUCCUCUCAGAGUUCACCAGAACAGACCAACUUGGACUUUGUAGAUGUCAACCACAGCAUCAAGCAUGAGUACCAGCUGUUGCACGACUCUGGACUCUUCUCACAUGCUAUCCUCAACCCGCUGCCCGAGGGCUGCUCCCUGCUUGAAAUAGAGUGUAUAACUCAGAGUGUGGUGAAGUCCCAUAUUGAGACAAGCCAGUACAGCACAGAGGAGCUGAAGAGAAUGGCGUGGACCUUGUAUAACCCAGAAGAGACACGCUCAUACCAGACCAAGUCAGCUGAGGUGAUGUGGCAACAAUGUGCCAUUCACAUCACCAAUGCAAUCCAGUAUGUGGUAGAGUUUGCCAAGCACAUCUCUGGCUUCAUGGACCUCUGUCAGAACGAUCAGAUUAUCCUCCUCAAAGCAGGCUGUAUGGAUGUUCUUCUGAUCCGUAUGUGUCUGGCCUAUAACCCUAUCAAUAAUACAUUGCUCUUUGAUGGAAAAUUUGCCACUGCUCAGCUUUUCAAAGCUCUUGGCUGUGACGACCUUGUGAAUGCAGUGUUUGACUUAGCUAAAAACCUGAGCCGUAUACAGAUGUCUGUGGAAGAGAUGGCUCUCUUCAGUGCUGCUGUGCUGCUCUCACCAGACCGACCCUGGCUGACAGAUGUUCAGAAGAUACAGAAGUUGCAGGAGAAAGUCUACAUGGCUCUGCAGCACUGCCUACAAAAAGAGGGAGCAUCAGAAGAGAAACUAGCUAAGAUGGUGUCUAAGCUUCCCAUAAUGAAGUCCAUUUGCAACCUUCACAUCGACAAACUGGAGUUUUUCUGUCUGGUUCAUCCCGAGACAGCGUAUACCUUUCCUCCUCUGUAUAGGGAGGUUUUUGGCAGUGAAAUCACCUUCCCAGACUCCACAGAGGGCUAACACCAUUUAGUUAAACAGCAUGAUUCAAAUAGAGACACUGAGGUGUAGGGAGGGGGAGAUAAAAAUGUGGCAACCAGCUGAGGCAAAACCAACCAGCAGCUCAAAGACAAUCCUACACGCUACACUUUAGGACACACUCCUCUCACCUUCAACGUAACACCACAGGAACUGCUGCUGGGUACUCAGUGCAUGUUACCUCUUUUUUUUACGGAGUUAAAGAAAUUAUGAACGAGUAGCCUACAUGAUUUGUAUUCUCAAAAAUAUUUUUCUAUGAGGAGACCUUAAACCUCUCAUCAUGCUGAAUUCCUUUCUAAUAUAAAUUUGACUUUCACCGUUCUCACAGUUCCUGUAAGCUAUUGUUGAAUGUACCCCUUCCUCCAUUAAUCGUUCAGCACAGCCCUAGAAUGUACAUACUUAAAAUCCUCAGCCACUUUGUGGAGAUUUGCAGUAAUGAUACCUGUUUCAGUUGUCAGUCUAGUAACAGUUUAUUGUUUCAUUCAAUAUUUUUGGUAGCGCCCAUAUUUUGCAGUUUUGUAACGUAUGAACAAACUGUUUAAAGGGACCAUGAUCAAACUCACAAACAGACAGCAUUUUUUAAAACUGUGUGAAUCAUGGGCAAACACUCAGAGUGUCUGCCACCAUGCACUUACAAACUCUUACACACAGAGCACAAAACAUUACAGCACUUAUUCUGAUCUUUGUAGGUAUUUUUACUAGCACACCCUCAGACACUUUAUUUUGUUUUUAUACAAUCAAUGACCUCAGUCCUAAUACCUUUUCCCUUUGCAAAUGCCACUUAGAGAGUGAGAGAAUCACAGAGGUAUUGUGAAAGUAUUUGAUGAUGUUUCUUUUUCAUAUAUAUAUAAUAACACCUCUAAAAUCAUGUAAGAUAAGAGCAGUGAGUGAGGAGGAGGGUAAUGCGCUUGUGCUUAGGUCUCUCGAACAGAUACUGCCUACUACUUUGAGGUUCUGGGAUGGAAAGAUUGCUGUUGCUGAACAGAAAAUCUAGUUCAUAAUUAGCACUUAUGAGUCCUUAUUAGAAUCCAAAAUGAACUCUUGGCACAAGAUUUUACGGGUUCACACGCAGACUGCCAUCUGUGAAACUUGUGUUAAACCAGUCAGAAAUGCUAGAUACAACCUCCUACUGUAGAUAAGCUGUAUGAACAAGGUGCUGGGCAGCCGACCACUUUGGGGUUAUGUGCUCUCAUGGAGGAGCAUCUGGAACUAUCGCACCUCAGCCCCCUCCACAGAAGAGUGCCAUCGCCCAAGCCAUCCAGCAGCAUCUCAACCAGCAGGUUCAAAAGACUUUGGGAGUAAAGACAAAAAAUGAACUGAGAGUUUGAUGUUGAAAUGUGACAGUUAUCACAUUGCCACCUACAUGGUUGGAUGAGAGGCAAUGAACAGAAAGUGGACAGGUGGAUGUUGGUGUUAUUUAAACUCCUUAGGCAUCAGUUAAAGGGGAUUUACUGUCUGCGCCAACUCUCACUGCUUCGGGGUCAGGCAGACUGCGCUGUCGCAGCCAGCCUAGGUGUUCUGAUUGGAGAAUUAAAUCCUCUGUUCCUUUUCCCCCAGUCCCUUACUACCUCACCCUCUUCAAACACAACAUGGCACAGCAAUGGGUUGACAGAGCCAUCAGCUACCCCCCUGAGUUAGUACUUCUGCAUUCAUACUACAGAGUUUCUUUAAAAAUAUAACAAUUAGUGAUGAAAUUUGAAGGCCAGUGAUGACUAAACCAUCCUAAAAUAUAUUAUUAUGCUCAUAAAACUGAACGCAAGACAUAAGCAAACUGAAAUGCUGGAUCUACUUAUACUACCUAUCCUCUCUGAGUGCUUUUCUGUCAUUUGAGAGCAGUUCAUGCCUUUAGGUCCAUGACGCCCUACUUAUAUACAGAUCUAUCUGAAGUAAGGUCUCUGGAGACACAUGAGGGUGUGUCCAGAUAAAGUAGGGGGGCAUAUUGGAUUUCUGUAAAAAAAAAACAAAGUAUCUUUCUACCAGUAUCCUAAAGAAGCUGCUAGUAAAGAAUAGUUGUAGUCUGAGAAAACAUUGCUGUUUUUUAUCUUAAACAUUUUAAGACAAUCACAUGUUGAUUUCUAGCUCUAUUUAAUAUGUCAGCCAGGUUUACUUUGCACUGCUGGGACAGUGCUGUUCACCAUACACAUAUUAUAUUAUCUCACAUAGUAUGAAGAGGUAUUACCCUUUUCUGGGUCUGUAAAAAAGUGACAUGGUGGGAUUGUGCAAUAAUGUCUUUCCCCAUUGUUCUCAGUAUGUUGGGCCUUUGUUGCCAUGUAUUACAGUUAAUAUUUUCAUAAGCACUCCAGCACAGUUAACAUCGCAGCACAACAAAUAAUGUUAUUUAGAAUAUAAUGUACCAAAUACACAGCCAACCACUACACAGGUCAGCUAUCCGCUGACAUGGCCAGAUGAUCACUUACAGAUUGUAACAAAGUGCAAUACUUUGUGUGUCAAGUCCUAGAAUGUUAGACAUGCUGAAUUCAAAAGAUUCAGCAUACUUUAUAGCUUUUGUGGGCCUAAAAGCUGUCCAGGUGGCAGUACUGAAGAUCUGCACUUACAUUUCUGUUUAGAGUUACUCAGGGAGAUAGCUGGGCUCUCUGUCCUGCAGUGUCUGCAGUUAGUCUAGCUAGCAGGACACCUUGCACCAAAAUACCUUGAUCACUGUGUACAGUUCAUGUUCUUGUGAAUGUUUGAUUUCAGAAGUAUCAAAGAUUUUACCCCUGUCUAAUAUCAUUAUUACAAGACUUUUUUUGAGUUUGAGUCAUAGAUGAAAUAGGAUAUUUAAAAAAGUAAAUAUGGUAAAAUAAAUAUAAAAGAUGGAUUAUAAUCUCUGAAUCUUGUGUUGGUUUUGUUGUGAUCUUUUGUUUCUUGAUUUUUAUCCUUAUAUGUACUGUUUUUUUCUCAUCAGUUUAGUGCCCUUUUUGUCUUGGAGAGAUGUAAUUCUAUUUUUUUAAAAGCAUUUUUAAAGAUGUCUCCCUAAAAGUUUCUCUUUUGUCAUGAUCCUUCUGUUUAUGAUGUUUAUAUGUUCACUAUAUUUUAAGAUUAUUAUUAUUAAAUCAAUAUAGAUUUUAAUAAGAAAUAAUUUAUGAUAUGUUAUGGAUAUAAAGCCCAAGAGGUUUUUACACAGUAAAGUGUUAUUGCACAAUGGUGACAAUAUAUGGAUUUAAGAAUGUAAUAAAAGUCUUUUUACAAAUAAAAACAAACAAAAUGUG